AUGGCAUACAACUCAACAUCAGAGCAACUAGACUGGCACAUGCAGCAAAUGAGGCAAUGGAUGGUGCCUACACCAAUCUCUGUGCCAGCCAACUCCAAUGCGCUGGUCAAUUCGCAGGCGUUUCCACAAGAUUUCUACCCUCAGAACAUCCCUUCAAACGAUGUGUACAAUUACAAUGCAUACACCUCGCCUCUCGCAACACCACCAGUUACCCAAGUCCCCCCGGUACCUAUUUUACAACGACGAACUCAUUCCUUCCCUCCGUUCUCCGACUACGACAUGACUUUGAACUAUCUCAGCGCUGAUCAUGGCUCCACCACCGAACCCAGCUGGAUGGCAGACGAUGGAGGGAAUUUCGACGAUGGACUUUCCGUCUACUCCGAGUCUCCGUCGAGUUACUUUUCCUCAGACUUGUCAGAGCUCCCUCGGCUUGGGUCGAUCAUCUCUUCUGGUCAAACAACUCCUCCAACAGGCUUGGCGGUCUCCUCGUCCCUUCCCGAACCCAGAUCUGAGGUGGACUCGCUCAUGAAGACGCUCCAACCUGUCCAGACGAUGCAACGACAGAUUCCCACGGGCGACCCCAAAGGCAAAGCAAGAAAGUUCAUCUGCUCUUAUGCAAACUGCGGCAAGUCGUUCUCUCAACCAACACACCUCAAGAUCCACCUUCGGUCACACACUGGCGAGAAGCCAUAUGUAUGUUCCGUCCCAACGUGCCAGCAAACCUUUUCGCAACUCGGCAACCUACGGACCCACGAACGCCGACACAUUGGCCAACGACCGAACCGAAAGAGGUCAUCGUCUGAUCCCGGUACCAACGCGCGCAAGUAUGAAUGCAAGCUUGAUGCUUGCAGGGUCGGAGAGGGAGGCAAGGUCUUUACACAACUCGGCAACCUCAAGGCACACAUGAACAAAUUCCACAAAGAAACCCUAGCCAGGCUGGCCCAUCAAUUCUCCACAAACGAAGCGGUGCUUCCUCACGAAGAAGAGCUAAGGGAAUAUUUUCAAGAUCUGUACAAGCACAGCAACAAGGGCAUCAAAGGCAGAGGAAAGGGAAGGAAGGUCGAAGUUAUUGUUCCUAGUUGA